AUGGCGCCCGGGACAUUUGAAUAUUUCUUCGACCUCCCUCCCGAGCUCCGGGAACAGAUCCUCUCCCACGUCUGCCUCUUCCCCCCCGGCGUCCUAGUAGGCGGCGGCACCGACGGGAGGACCGUGUCCCUACCCAUCCGCGCGUCCCCCGCUCUAUCUACCGCGCAUGCUGCUACCACGAGCAAGCGUCACUACGGCGGCGGUGGUGGCGCCGAUGGCGAGACAGCAGCGGAUGGCGAGUCCGCAGAGCUCCCCGCCGGCCCGCCCGUCAAUCUGUUCCUCGCCUCGCCCGUCCUGUACCGCGAGGCUGGCGACCUCUACUACGGGCGGAACGUAUUCCAUCUCGACUUUACCGCGGCCUCCUGGGGACGGAGGCAGCAGCGCAUCAGGGUAGUGGGUGCUACUAGUACUACUGGCUACGCUACGACGGGUUCUGUGACGGAGAGCGGGAGCAGAGGAGAGGGGCGCACCGGAGCGGGGAUGGGACCCGGGACCGGGACCGGGACCGGGCUGGCCGCCGCCAUGAGGCUUCUGACGCACCCUGCAACGGCUAACGCCCGCAGGCGGCUGCGGAGCGUUUCGGUCCGCGUGAGGCGGCUUGGCGCGCUCAUGCUGGACGUGCUGGUCCCGGCGCUGCGAGAUGCGGUGCUGAACGGGGCGCUGCGGAGGGUCAGGGUCGAUGUGCUGGAGGCCGGGGUGACGGGCGCGGUCUCGCUGGGGCAAGAGAGGAGGCUGCGGGCUUUGGAUCACGGGGGGAACCCGGCGUUACGGGCGCUGCUGGUGCUGCUGACGGACCCGGAUAUGGAGAGGGCUGAGCUGCGGGUGCCGCGAUGGUUGCACGCGCCGUUCUGGUGUCACUUCCACGGCGGGAUGGUUUCAGAGGGCGGGGACAGCGCGGGCUGUGCGAUGGCCGGGCGCCAGGGCCGGGGUUGGAAGGGCGGGGAUUGUGGCGACGAGUUCUUGCAAGUGGACAUUCACAGGCUCGUGGAAGCUUGCGCUGGCGGUGGCGAUGCAGCCGAAUUCAGGAUUAAGAAGGCCGGCUUCGGUUGCCAGCGUAUGGCGGUGGGACCCUGA